AUGUUGGUGCUCUUCGAAACUGCUGCUGGUUACGCAGUUUUCAAGUUAUUGAAUGAAAAGAAGCUUAAGAAUGUGGAAAAUCUGUAUGUUGACUUUGAAUCUCCAGAAGCUGCAAGCGAAGUGAAAAAUUUCCUAAGUUGUGUUGCUAACCCCGGGAUACAGGAGUUGAUAGGGGGACAGAGCACAGAUGGACAUUUAUCCCGAUACAAGCUUAAGUUCAGUCCUGACAAAGUAGAUACCAUGAUUGUACAGGCUAUAUCAUUAUUGGACGAUCUAGAUAAAGAGUUAAACAACUAUGUGAUGAGAGCACGUGAAUGGUACGGGUGGCAUUUUCCAGAGUUAGGCAAGAUUGUACAAGACAAUCUUGCUUUUGCUAAGGUCGUUAAAUUAAUGGGGUUCCGAACAAAUGCAGUAAAUACAGAUUUUUCCAAGAUUCUUCCUGAAGAAGUUGAGAAGGAUGUGAAAGAUGCAGCCGAAAUCUCCAUGGGAACAGAAAUCUCCGAUGAAGAUAUUUUAAAUGUUAGAUACCUCUGUGAACAGGUGAUAGACAUAACAGAAUACAGAGCUCAGUUGUAUGAUUAUAUAAAGAACAGAAUGGUUGCUAUAGCACCUAAUUUAACAGUUCUUGUUGGUGAAUUAGUCGGUGCUAGGUUAAUAUCACAUGCAGGUUCACUACUGAAUUUAGCAAAACAUCCAGCGAGUACAGUCCAGAUCCUGGGAGCAGAGAAAGCCCUAUUCCGAGCCUUGAAAACCAAACAUGACACGCCCAAAUACGGUCUCAUCUAUCACGCUUCAUUAGUCGGGCAGGCAAAUACUAAAAUAAAAGGAAAGAUGUCACGAAUGUUGGCAGCAAAGACAGCACUAGCUAUUAGAGUAGAUGCACUAGGGGAGGACACUAAUGCUGAGCUAGGUCUUGAACACAGAGCUAAACUAGAAAGACGGGCUAGAGAACUGGAAGAAGGAAAGUCAAGAAGAAUAAGUGGUAGUGGUAAAGCAAUUUCAAAGUGGGAAAAAUAUGAAAAUAAAAGUCAAGUACGUAAAUACAACGAUACAGCUGAUAGUACUUUGCCAGCAGUGCCACAGAAACGAAAGUUUGAAGAUGAUGAGGAACAAGAUGUUAAACCUAAAGUUUUAAAAGUGGAACCAGAAGCAUUAAAUGGAGAUGUAGAAGAGUCACCAAAGAAGAAGAAAAAGAAGAAGAAGAAUAGAGAGAGCAUGAACGAAUCACAGGAAGAGGCACCAGCAGAAGUUUCAAUGGAAGAACCAAGCUCAGAAAAGAAGAAAAAGAAAAAGAAGAAAAUAAAACAAGAACAAGAAGAUGAUUGAGUGAAAGACUGAAAUAUACUGCAUUUAAAAUAGAUAAAACACUUUGGAGAAGAGGAGGUCUGGAAAUACCAAACUGCAACAUUUCUUUCACUGUCAGAAUUUGACAAGUGAUGCUUUCAACAAAAGAUGUGAUCCAUGUGAAAACAAAACCUAAAGAAGUCUGGAAACAAGACUGUUGAAAGGCAUGAGGACAGAGAACAAAUGUCUUAUUAUGUAUAUGUGAGAAGAAAAAUUGUUGGUCUGAGAUGUUAUAAUGGCUACCUUCAUAUAUUAACAUUAAAGGGUAAAUGAUAUACUUCAUUGAUGUACUUAUUGAAAAUAAUAAGAAAUUAAUUGUAAAUUGUAACACUGAUGAAAAAUUGUUUGAUUAAUGAUUACCGGUUAAUGCGUGCUUAAGUCUUUCAGUGUUAUUUUGGACUUAAGAUUUUACCUGUGUAUAUAUGUACUGUUAAAGGAAAAAUGUGUUCAUUUUUAUUUUUAUCUUUCUACAUGGCAUUUUAUUUUUUUGUGUUUCCUGUUAUAUUGGGACAGCAUAGUUUCUGACAAUAAAUUGCUCAAUAUAAAAAUUAGUCGGGUCUGUUACCAUCAAGGAAGUGUAUACAAAAGCAUGACUGAAAAUCAUGUUUUAAACAGCAAAAUAUUAUUCAAUAUUAGGACCCAAGGGUAACAUCUCGAAUGAGGAACUAAACCUAAUGUAUAAAUCUUUAUACAGAACUUCGUUGACCCAAUUUUGUAACAGGGUUCUGUUGUUAAACACUAUAUGCAAUAUGUAGAGAAAAAAAUGUGUACAAGCUUACACUUGUUAAUCAUACUGGAGUAAAAAUAGACAUACUUGUUAAUUAAAGCUAAAGGAUGCUUUUAUAUAACGUUUUAUCUGGCAUUAUCAUUACAUUUGUAGAUUCAUUUAUACAUUGACUACUGUUGAAUGAAUCGUAAAAAUACAUGAUAAAAAACA